AUGUCAGAGACCUGUAUCGUCUGUCUUGGCGACCUCGAAAGCGCCAAUGCGCUACCCCACCCUGCGGUUCGAGCUGUCAAGUCAGAAGAUGAUGAGUAUGGUGGCCUAGUGCCCAGCACCCACAGGUCGCAAACACGCUCCGAUGAUCACGACUCUGACUUGAUAGCCCAUUUAUUGCCUUGCGGACACAGUUUACAUGACGAAUGCUUGAAACCUUGGGUGGAAAGAGCCAACAGUUGCCCCAUUUGCCGACAGAAUUUCAACAAAGUUGAGCUUAGCACGACGAUUGGAGGGCCCAUCGUUUCCACCUACUCUGUCAGCGACCGAACUCAGAUUGCGGAAGUCGAUCCCUCUAUGCUUAUAGAAGAAUAUGACGAAGAACUAGAAGACCAACCUUGUCUCGUCUGUGGUGAUGAUGAUAACGAGGAGCAACUUCUCGCGUGCGAUGGUUGCGACGCCUAUUACCAUACAUACUGCGUUGAUUUGGAAGAAGUUCCAGUUGGCCAUUGGUAUUGCGAGAGCUGCGAGACACAGCGAGCUAUUGAGAGCGUUUGUCCAGCCGACUCGAAUCGCCCAGCACAACGACCUCACCACACGGCAGAUAGACGAACACGCGGUCAACAACGCCAGGUAAGGAACCGCAAUCAAGCCAAUUCCUCAAGUUGGGCCCGAGUGUGGCAGUCGGUCUGGGAUAAUCUCAAUCUGGACCUUGACUUCCCUUUCGACGAAGGUUCCGAUGCCGCUCGUAUCGAUAGAGCACAAAGGGCUGCUUCUCAACGUCGUGACUUUCGGCAAUGGGAGCGAAGGUUUCAAGUUGCUGAAAGGCAAGGUGGAGCGAACAGAUUCCGGGACACGGCAUCAGCUCUUCUAGAUCUUCACGCAACACGCGAACAUCCUGCUGUCCCAGAGCCCGAGUCCCGCGAAGAGAUCCGCGCUUGGAAUGCGUUCGAGAAAGCAACGGAGAUCGAGCUUGACCCAAACCCAAAGAGAAAGAGGAAAUCCGCCACCAAUUCACCCUCGGAUGCUGAAUCUUACGCUCAACCUCAACGACCUCUGAAGAGGCCAAGGACACGACGGACCAUCGAUAAUGCUGAAUGCUCAAUCAACGCCACACCAGAAGCAUCUGUUACUAGUUCACGUACCUCGGGUCUCCAUAAUGUCGCUGCCCAAGGCAAUGGCCCGAGCUUCCUACAAUCCAUGCUUCGAGAAAUCGAGACUUCUACUGCUCCGGAGGGUGUCCAGACUCAUCAGAACAUACAAACGGUCACGGGUCACUCUUCGCCUCAGCCUUCCUCUCCAGGAGCCUCACCGACAACCUCGAAUCACCCCAGUCCUCGUGCGAGAUCCACUACGCCACCGCCCUCCGUAGCCACUCGUCCUGGCUCGCCACUCUCGCUGACGUCCAAGGUCGAGCCAAUAUACCCUCCAGCAGAGUUCUCUCCCGUACGGUCUCCGAUAGACACUUCCCUUGCUCACCGCCCGCAUAAUGAGAUGCGACAAUCUGUCAAAUCUAGACGCCGGUCACGACCACCUAUACAAAGCUCCAGCCCACCAAGGUCCGAAGACACCUCACCCACCCGUGCUGCGAUACCUUUGUCCACCAAGACAGACCUACAGAGGAUGGUUUCUACCGCUCUCACUCCUCACUAUCAGAGCAAUACCGUGUCAAAAGACCAAUAUACCGACAUCAACCGAAAUGUCUCACGUUUGCUUUACGAGAAGGUUGGGGAUGCAGGAAGUGUAAAUGGCGAGGCUAGGAAGAUUUGGGAACGACUGGCCAGCGACGAGGUGGCCAAAGCAGUCCAGUCAUUGAAGGCUUCCUCGUAA